AUGGGUCUCUUCAAGCGCAAGGACUCGAAGAACUCGAUUCAAAGCGAGAAGGAGGAUCUGGACUCCUCCGUGACUAUUAACAGUGCUCGCACCUCGAAUGCGUCGUUGAGAUCCCCCGGUUAUAAAGGAAGUGGGCUGCCUGCCUCCAUCCCAGAACUACCGAUUGCCAAACCACCUGAUCCGGCAUUGGAUCCCGCCGCCUACCUGCGCAGUAUCCAUGCGAUCCGCGAGAGGUGCAAGCUGGUUCUGAACCAGGCUAAGAGAAACAGGCUCAACCACUUCGAUGUGGAUAUGGGCAAGUUCAUGGCGACUGCCUCUUACAUCGUCUCCAUCAUCAAGAGAGAUUACGCCCCAGAUUACGACUCUAUUCCCCCUCAUGGCCGCUGGCAACACUUCGAUGUGGGUGGACGACCCCGCGUCAACCAAUUGCUUCAAUCUUGGCCCAGCACCAUCGAUGCUCAGGAACGUACCCGGCGAUUGAUCGAUCUUUUCGUUGUGUCGGUUCUUCUCGAUGCCGGUGCAGGUACCAGAUGGUCAUACAAGUCGAAGGAAUCGGGUAAGAUUUACUCGCGAAGCGAAGGGUUGGCCGUGGCUACAUUGGAAAUGUUUAAGAGCGGAUUGUUCAGUAGCGACCCAACGGAGCCUUGUCAAGUGGAUGGGGCAGGUCUGAAGAAGAUCUCGGUCGACGUUCUGGCGAAGGGGAUGCAGCACUCGGAGAGCAACCCCUUGGCGGGAAUUGAAGGCCGAGCCGGGCUCUUGAUCAGACUCUCCGAGGCCCUGAACAACCAAGAUUUCUUCGGAGUGGAUGCUAGACCAGGAAAUAUGCUCGACUACCUCCUUUCCCAUCCCUCUACACUUGCGUCGUCUGUUCCAAUCGUCCCUAUUACCACACUAUGGAGCGUUCUCAUGGACGGCUUGUCUCCGAUCUGGCCCCCUUCUCGCACACAGAUCGAUGGACUAUCUAUUGGAGACGCUUGGCCAUGCUCCGAUCUUCCCAGGUCUCCUCCUGCCAAACCUUGGGAAAACAUUGUCCCGUUCCACAAGCUUACGCAGUGGCUGUGCUAUUCUAUCAUGGUUCCGAUGUCGAAGUUGAUGAAGAUUCAUUUCGCUGGCAGUGAAUUGCUAACGGGUCUGCCUGAAUACCGGAACGGUGGCCUUCUCAUCGACAUGGGGCUGUUGAGUCUGAAGGAGAAGGAACUCGAGCGGGGAGUUGCGGCAUUCAAGGAGAAUGCGCAGAUUAAGGGCCAACCCAACAUGGAGGUCGUUCCUCUCUUCUCCACGGAUGACGAUGUCGUUGUUGAAUGGCGAGCUGUUACCGUCGGUUUCUUGGACGAACUGCUGGACGAGGUAAAUGGCCAGCUCGGACUGACGGGCGAGGACCAGUUGACCCUUGCACAGAUGCUGGAGGCUGGGUCUUGGAAGGGUGGUCGUGAGAUUGCGGAAGUCUCGAGGCCCAAUACGAAAGAACCUCCGAUCAUGAUCCGCUCGGACGGCACUGUUUUCUAA